AUGAGGGACAGCAUCUCCAAGGUCCUGGGCGACGCCGCGGAAGUGCGAGCCCUGACGGAGGAGUCGAAGGUCUGCGUCUUCGUGAUACGUAACCUCGUCGCGAUCACGACGGAGAGGGAGAUUCGUACCGCCCUCGCUGAGCAGUACCAGCUAAGCGACAGAGCAGUGAGGAUACGAAGCCUCCGCCCCGGGUACGGGGAAUCUAAAACGGCGGUCUUCAGCCUGCUUUGCUCGAUGGCAAAGGAAGUCAGACGGCGCGGCGAGGUCCGCAUAGGUUGGACCAGGUGCAGAGUGCGGGAGCGCGAAGGCCCUCCUCGCUGCAUCAGAUGCUUGGAACUUGGGCACAUCGCCAUCAGGUGCAAGAGCCCGGUGGACAAGAGCGGCUACUGCAUCAAGUGCGGCGAAGCAGGCCACAAGGCCGCUGCCUGCAAAAAGGAGCCAGUGAUCCUUCCAGCGAGCUCCGGAGAGGCCGACGUUCGACCCGGCAGCAAAAGCCGCCAGGCCUGA